AUGGACCCCACUGACCAAUUAGUGAUCGAAAUUGACUACACCGGUAUUCUCAAUGAUGAUAUGCGUGGUUUCUACAGGAGCUGGUACAACGAAAGUGGCGUCGUGACGUGGCUGGCGACUACGCACAUGGAGCCCACGGCAGCUAGGCGCGCCUUCCCCUGCUUCGACGAGCCUGGAAUGCGGGCCACCUUCCAGACGACGGUGAUCGCUCCUCAGGGCUACACGGCGCGCGCCAACACCGAAGCGACGAGCACAGCCCCCAUGGCGGACGGCAGCACGCAGUACACGUUCGCGCAGACGCCAAAGAUGUCGACCUACCUGUUCGCCGUGAUUGUGUCCAAGUUCAACGAGACGACGUCGGCCGACGACGAGUCGCACAACUUGUGGUCGCGGCCCAGCGCCACGGAGCAACGCAACUACGCAGCGUCCUUCAGCCCCGCCCUACUCCAGGCUAUGGAAAACUACACUAGCAUCAAAUACAGCGAGUCUACUAUUACCAAGAUGGACCAGCUGUCCAUCCCUGACUUCUCUGCCGGCGCCAUGGAGAACUGGGGCCUCGUCACCUACAGGGAGCGCCGCAUCCUGGUGGAUGAGCGAGAGACACCCACGUCGUACCGGAAGAGCGUGGCGAACGUCAUCUCUCACGAGUACGCGCACCAGUGGUUCGGCGACCUGGUGGGGCCUUCCUGGUGGAACGUUCUUUGGCUCAACGAGGGCUUCGCCACCUUCUUCGAGUACUUCAAUACGCACGCUGUGGAGACGGAGUGGCGUCUGGACGAGCAAUUUGUGCUGGAUGAGUUGCAGCUGGGCCUGUCUGCUGACUGCCGCCUCAGCACGCGCGCCAUGACGCCGCAAGAGGACGCCGUGCUUACUCAAGCCCAGAUCUCGGACCAGUUCGACAACAUCGCUUACGCCAAAGCUGGCUCAGUACUAAGGAUGAUAGAACACAUUCUAGGAACCGAAGUGUGGAAGAAAGGCCUCAACAAGUACCUGACAAAAAUGAAGUUCGAAGCGGCCAUGCAGGACGACCUGCUCACCUCUCUAGUGGAGGCAGCGACUGAGGCGAAUCUCAGCUUCGGGGGCAACAACCUUCUCGACAUUCUCCACUCAUGGACCAAUAACGCCGGAUACCCUGUGCUCAGAGUCACGCGGGACCGCGAGGCCAACACCGCCACCGUCACACAGUCCCGCUUCCUGUUGACUGAGGAGACGACGGAGAGCCCGCAGUGGAUCGUGCCCCUGACGUGGGCGAUGACCGCAGAACAGCUGGAGAACACUAGCCCGCAGCAGUGGCUGGCGGCAGGGGCCACCGUUACCCUGCAAGACGUCCCCGGUGACGGCUGGCUGCUGCUCAACAACCAGCGCACAGGUUUCUACCGCGUGCUGUACGAGGCGGACGCGUGGGCGCAGGUGUCGUCGGCGCUGCAGCAGAACGCGUCGGCUCUGCCCGUGCUGACGCAGGCGCAGCUGGUGGACGACGCCUUCUGGCUGGCGCGCGCCGGCCUGCUCGACUACGGCGUCGCGCUGGACACGACGCUGCACCUCGCCCAGGUGGACGACUUCGUGCCGUGGUCGGCCGCACUGGGCGUGCUCUCCUACCUGAAGGACCGCCUCUACGGCGGGAACCACUACGGCAACUUCAAGACUUACAUGUUGGAGUUGUUGAGCCCGCUGUACGAGAAGUUCAAGAAUUUCGAAGUAAGCUCAGAAAUGUCGCACACGGAUCGUCUGCUAAUGGAGAAAGUGCUUACGUGGGUCUGCGAACUAGGGGACACCUCAUGCCAGGAAAAGGCUGCCGAGAUCUUUGGCGACAUCACAGGAGAUGGGAGCAGCAGCGUCGCUGCCGACGUGCGCAGCGUGGUCUACUGCAACGGCGUACGGCGCGGCAGCGCAGACGACUGGCAGAGACUGUGGGAGCACUACCUCGCUACCAACGUCGCCUCCGAGAAGACCGUCGUCAUCGCCGCACUCGGCUGCUCAAGCAACGUCACGGUCCUCGAGGAGUACCUGGCGACGACGUCUGAUGGCAGCAUGGACAUCAGGAGCCAAGACUUCUCGGCGGUGUACUCAGCCGUGUACAGCAACCCCACCGGCUACCAGGCCGCCAUCAACUACGUCACCAACAACAAAGGCGUCAGUGGUGCGUCUACAAUCCUGGCUGGGCUCGCGUCAAAGGUUACUUCCCAAGACCACGUGCAAAAGCUGGUGGAGGUGGCGACAGCAGCGGAACUCAGCGAAUCAGCCAUCGCGAGCCUGGAGCAGUCGACGGCCGAGCACGUGCAGUGGAACCAGCGCUACGAGGCGGCCGUCGGUGCGUGGCUGGCGGCCCGCGUGGAAACGUCCACCACCACUGCUGACCCCGGCAGUGGCGCCACGCCAGUAGUUACCACGGGUUCCGCCGCGGCGCUGCUGCUGUCGUUCCUGCUGUUGUCCCUGUUCGCCGCCUAG